CGUUUUUGAUGUUGUCAUGACACAUACUGUGUUGGAGAACCAUGUUUUUACGUGAUUUGUACCAUUUCCCGUACCAACACACUGUGUACCAUGGUUUAGCGUGAAGUAGGCGUCAGGAUAACGUUUCUGGCGAAAUGGCUGACUGUGGAGGAGCUGGCAAGAUGCAGUUUGAAAAUGAUGACCAUACAAGCGCCUUGUUGGAAGAGAUGAAGUACUUGUAUGACAAUAACCUCCUAACAGAUGUCACGCUGAGAGUCGAACAAUUGGAGUUUUGCUGCCAUAGAAACAUGCUGGCAGCUACAAGCCCUUACUUCAAAGCUAUGUUCACGACACGCCUUACUGAGAGCAAGAUGGACUCUAUUAAUCUGUAUGAGGUUGAUGCAUGGUCAGUAAAGCAGGUGAUCGAGUAUGCCUACACUGGCAAACUGGAGAUCACCAAGCACAAUGCCCAGAACCUGUUGGCAGCAGCCUCCCUAUUCCAGAUUUCUCCUAUCCACAGUGCCUGUGCCAAGUUCAUGGAAACUCAGCUAGAUGCCCACAACUGUAUUGGUAUUCAAAUGUUUGCCCAUGUUCACAGCUGUGAGGAACUACGCUUAAAAGCCAUGGAAUAUGUUGAAAAAAACUUCUAUGAUGUGUGUCACACAGAAGAAUUUUUAAGUCUAACUGCUGACCGACUGGCUGAAAUUGUCGCUUCUGAUGAACUUAACGUUGAGUGCGAAGAAGUCGUGUUUGAAGCGAUUCUCCGGUGGGUGAGACAUUCGGAGGCUGAACGGCACAAGUACCUGGGGGAUCUCCUUCCUAAUGUUAGGCUGUGUCUGCUAAACAUGAAGUACAUCAAUGACAACAUUCGCCAGAAUCAGCUUGUUAAGCGCUGUCCCAGAUGUCUGAGACUGUUGAGAAAUCUGGAGGAGUUUGAGAGGAAUCCUGACCACUACAAAGGGGAGCACAGGUUCAACAUUUCACUGAGAUCUGGUAUGAUUAAGCCUGAACACUGCUUGUUGUUUAUAGGGGGUGUGGACCAGAAUCGGCCCUCAAUUAACUGUUACAAUCCUCUGACCCGAGAAACCUUCUUCAUGGCAGACUUUCCUGAAAUGGAGAAUAGGAGUGGCUACUACAGUGUGGAGGACCCAGCUUGUGUGGUGACGGAGGACAACCUCAUCUUCGUGGCAGGAGGAAACUACCUGUACCGUGACAACUGGGGAGAGACACCGUCUGACGAGGAAUCCAUUGAGGAAUUUGAGGAGGAGGACGUGGUGAGGAAGGACUUUUAUCAGUAUGACAAUGAUCAUAACAUGUGGGUACACCGAGCACCCAUGCUCUUCCCAAAGUCUAACUUCACAUUGGCCUAUGCUGACCAGAAAAUCUACUGUUUUGGUGGACUAACGGUUAACCAGCACCCAACUGAGAUUAUUGAGUGCUAUGAUAUUAUUAAAAACCGGUGGAAUUAUGUAGGUAUGAUGCCAACUACAUUAGUUGAUUUAACAUCAGUGACUCACAAUGGGAAAAUCUACAUUCUUGGUGGUAGGACGGGUGUUGGAGCACAUAAUGUGGUGAUGAGGUAUGACCCUAAAAAGGCUGAGUGGACUCCACUGGCGGGUAUGCCGACCCCAAGGUUUAAGUUUGGGGCUUGUGUUGUUGGGGAUGAGAUCUAUGUGGCUGGGGGUCAGAUUUACUCUCAUUCUUCUCACACCAUUACCCGAGAGGCCCUCAAGUCAGUGGAGAUUUAUAACAUGGAGGAGAACCAAUGGAGACAGGGCCCAGAACUCAAUGAGGACAUGUACAAUUGUGGCCUGGCACUGAUCAACAGCAAUCUUUACGCUUGUGGUACAACCGAGUACCAGCGCUCGCCGUUUCGUAUCUAUCGCUAUAACACAGUCUGUCGACUGGACAUGGUGAAAAACCGCUGGGACCAGAUAGAAUCUGAUCUAUGUGACAUUCAUGACUUUAGCUGUGUAGCUGCUAGACUACAUACUAGAAAGCUUUCCCAGGUCUUCAGGCCUGAGGUGGAUACUUGAUCCAGGCUGAUUUUGUAGGCUUUUCUACACUUCUUAAUGACACCCUACAAGAGAUUUUUAGACAAAUUUGAUCAACACUAAUCAUAACUGUAUGACAUUUAUUGACAACAUACAUGUAUAAAGCCUUGGUUUGGAGUGGUUUAUCCUAGAAUCAUGACAUAAGGUGCAGCAAAUGUAUUAGAACUUAUUGUACAGACCAUCUGUGAAAUACUUGAGACAUUUCAUACUGACUGUACUUUUUUGACCAUCAUAAUGGCAGGGUGAGAAGAGUUCACCAGUUAUUUCUUGCUGAUUAAUGAAAACCAGAUAUGACCCCUGAGAAUGUCUGCCCUAUCAGUGUGUUUUGAAAUUUGAAUGGUUGCAAACCCUAUAAGGCAGUGUUAAAACAAAUGCUUUGGGAGGUGGGAGGUAAAACUACAGUAAGGCAUGUUUACAAUAGGUAAACCUUUGGUACAGUUCAUUUUCUUUUUAUUUCAAGAUCCCUUUCAUUUUUAAAACAAAGAGAGGCAUUUACCGUAAAGAAUGGAUUAAUGGAUGCAUUUCUCUUGACCCUUUGAAAGGAGUGGCCACUGUUUAUGCCCAUGUGCAUCUAUCACUAUCUGUAUCUGGAGACUGGAAUGAAAUAUGUACCAGAAACUAACGGGUUCUUUUUGGCUGAGGGUGUUAUUUACCACCAAGUUUCAGGGAAAUCCAUUCAUAAUUUUUCCAGACAUUCACAUGGAUUAGCCAAUAAUUAAAUAAGAAAGACUAACAGAAACAGAUUUUCAAAUGACUGGAAAAACUUACAGUGUACCUGACUGGUGCAGAUAACUGCUGCUAGUAGCUCUUAGAAAGUGAAAUAAUGGUACACACGUGAUUUUUAUGCUGGUCUGGAAAACAAAAUUAUCACAAAUGUUGAAUUGCUUUAUUAUCAGGGUGUCUCUGGUGACAAAGUUUAGUAUUUACAUAUCGUGGACAUUACAUGAUGAUUGACUGAAAUGUUUUAUUCAUACCUUGUGGUGAUCUCUGCAUCUCCGUGCAUUUCAUUCAUGUGGACCAAAGUUACAAGAAAAUUUGUAUCACAGGAUUUCCAGGAUUAUUUUAUCACCAUAUUUACAUGUCAUUUGUUUUAUAAUCUUUGCUGUAUAUUUUGCAAAAUGUAGGUAGAUGCCUAUUGAUCAUGUAAGCCUUGCUUUCUGACAUCGUGCCUUGUUCUAAGCAAGUUAUAUAUAUUCAGCUAUUCAUAAUAAUGUUAGCCAGUCAAAGACUGAAAAUUUAUUUGUAUCAAUCAUAAUUUAUAGUUCACGCAUUCAUGAUAAGUGUCUUUGUAAAGCUUGAAUAACUCUCUUUAGAUAUGAAUAACGAGGAAAAAUCUUUCAUACAAUCAGAAGCUGGCAAAUGCUGAGCAUCUGUUGGAUAGGAGAAAGAUUCACUGCCAUUUUUCCAUCAUAGCUCCUCCUCUUCCAAAUCAAUUUUUCCCCCAUAAUAAACGAAGGUAGGUUUUUGCUUCUGACUUGAAACAGACAUAGCCGUACAGCUGUAUAACAGAGGCAACAUAAACAGGAAAUACAGCACAGGUGUGUGCUUUGUGUUGUUUGGUUAGGUAUUGUAUACUGUACGUCUAGUUAAAAAAUUAUCCAUUUUUCUCAUUUCAACCAGCUGGAAUUCUGUGAACUUUAAUAGCUGGCUGUUAUAGGUGUAGUGUUAGACUCCAAAAUCUCACAAUCAAACCUCAUUCUGAUUUGUGUCUUCAGUGAGCUGAAAAUAUAAACUCUGGAUAGACUUUGAUAAAUAAUAGUAAAUAUACAUGUGGGCUAUAGAUUGGAUAGAAAAUCAGUUAUCUCCUUUUAGAUAAAGUUGUAGUAUUUACAACAAACCAUGCAGCAUAAUGCUUUAUUAGGAAUAUUGUUCACCUAUUUCUACAAGUCUGACUACCAAUGCAUUUGACCUUAAUGUAUAUUCCACAAGCAAAA